CCGCCCCUCUUCCACCACUUCAACCACUUCACCCUGCCAUUGGGAUUUCAACCUCUCACGGCAUGUCCUGCAUAUAAACCUCUUUCUUCUCUACUUUCUCGUCCUCGACUGUUAUUGUUUAUUGUCCUCUCAUCCUUCCAUCAUGCGUCAAUCCUCCGUCGACGCCACCGCCGAUGAGGCGUUGGCGAGGAUGGGCUACAAGAGUGAACUGCCGCGCAAUCUGAGUAUGAUGAGUGUCCUGGGCCUCUCUUUCGCCAUCAUGGCCGCCCCCUUCGGCCUCAGCACCACUCUCUCCAUCACCCUCACCGACGGCCAGUCCGUCAGCGUCAUCUGGGGCUGGGUCGUCGUCACCCUCAUCUCCAUCGCUAUCGCCGCCUCGCUGGCCGAGAUCUGCGCCGUCUACCCCACCGCCGGCGGUGUCUACUACUGGAGCGCCAUGCUGUCCACCCGCCGCUGGGCCCCCAUGAUGUCCUUCAUCGACGGCUGGCUGACCCUCGUCGGCAACUGGACCGUCACCCUGAGCAUCACCUUCUCCGGCGGCCAGCUGAUCCUGAGCGCCAUCUCGCUGUGGAACGAGGACUACGUCGCCAACGCCUGGCAGACCAUCCUGAUGUUCUGGGCCGUGCUGCUGGUCUGCUCGCUCGUCAACAUCUUCUUCUCCAAGUACCUCGAUCUCAUCAACAAGGUCUGCAUCUACUGGACCGCUGCCAGCGUGGUCAUCAUCCUGGUGACGCUCUUGACCAUGGCGAAGGACCGACGGGAUGCCGAGUUUGUAUUUGCACACUAUGAUGCCUCCGAUAGUGGGUGGCCCACCGGAUGGGCGUUCUUCGUCGGACUGCUGCAGGCGGCCUACACGCUGACCGGCUACGGCAUGGUCGCCUCCAUGUGCGAGGAGGUGCAGAACCCGCAUCGCGAGGUGCCCCGGGCCAUCGUGCUGUCCGUCAUCGCGGCCGGCAUCACCGGACUGAUGUACCUGAUCCCGAUCAUGUUCGUGCUUCCCUCCGUGCAGAGUCUCCUCAGCGUGGCUAGCGGGCAGCCCAUCGGGCUCAUCUUCAAGACGGCCACGGGGUCCGCAGGCGGCGGCUUCGGCCUACUGUUCCUGAUCCUGGGCAUCAUGAUGUUCGCGGGGAUUGGCGCGCUGACGGCCGCGAGCCGCUGCACGUACGCCUUCGCGCGUGAUGGAGCUAUCCCGGGCUUCCGUCUCUGGCGGAAAGUCAACAAGAGCCUGGACGUGCCCGUGUGGGCCAUCAUCCUGUCCGCCGUGGUGGACGGCCUGCUCGGACUGAUCUACUUCGGCUCCUCGGCCGCGUUCAACUCCUUCACCGGCGUAGCCACCAUCUGUCUAUCGACCUCGUACGGCCUGCCCAUCCUGAUCCUCAUGCUCCGCGGCCGCCAGGCCGUCAAGGGCUCCAGCUACUCGCUCGGCCGAUUCGGCUACGCCAUCAACAUCGUAUCGGUAUCCUGGAUCGUGCUGGCCGUGGUGCUUUUCUGCAUGCCGACCUCGCUGCCCGUCGACCCCAGCACCAUGAACUACGCCAGCGUGGUGUUCGCCGGCUUCGCCCUGAUCAGUUUCCUGUGGUACGUCGUGUAUGCGCGCAAGCAUUUCACCGGCCCGCCCCUCACCGAUGAGGAUAUGCCCGGCGUGAUGACGGGGAAACCGGUCGACAUGGAGAAUCUGUCUGCGAAGAAUGAGAAGACAUUGAAGAACUGAUUUUUUUUUUUUUUUUUUUUUUUUU